CGUGGAAUACGAUACAUGUACAAUAUUGUGCAUGGUGUAAUAUUAGUAAUGUGGUCGAUUUUGUCUGAAUUUUACGAUAAUUGGUUCUUUCGGUAAUUCUAUGCACCUGUGCACUAGAAUCCUUUGCUUGUGGCAAGAAAUUGUGGACAGCGGAGCUAAGCCUAGCAUUGUGUCGGCAUAAGCCGAUUUUACUCGUGUAUUUUCCAAGCUUGAGAAGAAGCGAUGAUCCAGAUAGUACAUGAAUAUCAUGUCAUGUGACAAGGGGCCUUGGUACUUGGCCAUUGGAAGGUUUGGUAUCCAUGUCUGGCAGUGGGAUACGAACCCAUAAUUAAAUAUUCAGAAAAGUAUGGCCCAUGUUCUGAUACUUCUAUGCCUUGUUUGUGAAGUUUUUGCUGCAAAGGUUCAUCAUUCCUAUUUGGCAAUGAAGGAAAGAGAUAGGAGGUCCAAAGAUGCAGAAUUUCCCAUUCACCCUGUAGAAAAGUGUCCAAUGAAUAGAAAGGAUUGGGAUUCUGCCUCAAAGAGAUUGCACUGCAAUGAUACUCAUGGUUAUAACUGUCUACCAGAAGAAACUCUAUCAUCCUUUGUAGAAUUUUGUUAUCCAUUUGGAAAUUGGAUUUUAAUUGAUAAAGGAAAUUGUCCACGACUUUCUUCUAAUAGAUUGAAACAUUACACAUGCCAUGAUUUUAAGUGUGGGUGUCCUGACAAAGACUAUUACAACAAUGAAAUUUACAACUAUCCGGUUUGCCUAAGAAUAUUUAAAGAGUGCUUCACAUCAAAUAGAAGCUGUUUGAAGGAUAGGCCCCCCAACUCAGAAGAGAAAACAACAACAAUAUCAACAUCAGUCUCAGAUACAGAGCAGCAGAGAAGAAAGGAGGAAUGUACAGACACAGUUUACAUUGGGAUCAUUAUUGCUUUAGUGGUGCUCUUAUUGGCCUCUGUCAUGGUCAACAUUUGGUUCUGCUUGAAGCAACAACAACCAGGAUGUUUUCCACCGAGCAUGUACACAAAAGUACUGAAAAAUGACUUUGAUAUGGUACAUGUAGAGAGAGGUGAUAAAAAUGUCCUCCUCAAUAAAGUCCAAGAUCCUCUUUCUGUAGGUGACAUAGACAAAUAUGUCUUAGUGGACUACACAGUAGAGAAUGAAGAAAUAUUUCAUCUCUUGAAGAUUCAGUGUCUUAAUGGGGUACACAUUGGGUUCCAUUAUGUUAACAAAUCAAGAGUUUUACAACCAGAUAAAAAAUAUAUUUUCCAUCAACGUGACGAAAACGGUUGUACAUUACUUCAUUACGCUGCUCAAGGUGGGUCAAUUACAAUAUUUAAAGAAAUUCUGAACACUGACCCGGAAAUAAAUAUUGGAGUUAAAUGUUUUCGUGGGCAAACAGCUUUGCAUUUCGCAGUGAGAUACAAGCAAAAUAAAAUGACUGAAUACCUUAUAACAGAGCAUAGAGAUUGUUUUACACAAGCAAGUGAAGAUUUGCUUAGUGUUUCAAGACAUAAUGGAAGAGGUGAGUCAGUUACACCUUCGAACCUGACAGGCCAGUUUGAACCAUUCCACUGGAUAGCAUGGAAUGGUGAUACAUGGCUACAUCAUUUGUGGAAAGAAGCUCAUUUAACUGUGACAGGUUUAACGAAGAAUGGUUUAGAUAUCUUAGAUAUUGCCUGUAUGAAUAAUCAGUAUGAAUUCUGUAGGCAUGUAAUAGAAAAUGAAAAAGAAAUUAAUGUGGAAAAAGUAGACGCCAGUGGAUGGAAUUGUGCCCAUUACGCUGCAAUGUGGAAUAAUGUGAAGUUAUUAGAGCUUCUGGCAAAAAAGAAAGAAACACAAAUGAUUUUGGCUGUGACAAAAUUAGAGAAAACAGCCCUGCACAUUGCUUGUGAACAUGGAAAUUUUGAGGUGGCAAAUCAUUUAGUACAGGAAUACACAGAUCUUCUUUGUUGCAUGGAUAGCCUGGAGUGGAAUGCUUUACACUAUGCUGCCAAGGGUGGAAAUAAACAAAUUUUUGAAUUAUUAUUAAAGAAAGGUUUAAAGAUAGAUUAUCUAACAAAGGACAAAAAGACACUUCUGCAUAUUGCGAGUAUCUAUAAGCAAAUAGAUAUUUGCAAGUUUGUAGCCAAAACUUUUUCUGAACAUCACAAAGAACUUCUGAAUCAAAAGACCACAAACCAAGGUUGGUCCGCGGCUCACUAUGUCGCUGUUGAGGUAAAGGAUUUACAGAAACAAAAAGAAGUCAUUGAUAUUCUACGGCAAUAUGGAAUGAAUCUAAAGGAAAGAACUAAUCAAGGAGUUUCUAUUCUAGAUGUUGCCAUUGUUUACCUUGAUGAAGAACUGAUAAAACUCAUCGUUUCUCCUGAAUACAGAGAAAUUCUGGAUAUAACUAAAGAAGUCAUUUUAAAAGGCAAGGUACAUACUGAUGAUAGACUGAUUUUAAAAAUUCUGGAUGAUGCUGCAGAGAAAAUUGAAGCUGAAUGCUGAUUUUUUUCCAGGCCUGUGAAUACUCUAGAUCUGUAUAUAUAUAUUUUUUAGAUCUGAAUAUUGCCUAAUCUCCAAAUUUUUUCUGAGACAACUUUAUUCUUUGAAAUGUUCAACAGUGUGGCUUAAUUGAAAGAAAAUGUUAGAAAUCUUUUUAAAGGAUUGAUUGAAUUCUACUUAUAAGAAUACAGCUUUGAGUUUCUAAACAAUGAAGGAAAUACAUCUAAUACUAGUAUACUAUUUCUUCAUGCAUUGUUUUCAUUACAGAUAUUCAGCAUCAGUUUUUUGAAUAAAUACUCAUCAUUGAUUGAGAAGUGAAAUAAAAAUUAAAGAUGAUUUAUUUGAAAGAUUGUGCAAUAUUUUACUAUGAGAUUAAAUCUUGUACUUUGCAAAAAAUAGUAGUUAAAGCUGUUUCUAGUUUAAUGAAAGUCAUAGUAAACCUAUAAUUGUUUCUCUUUUUUAUUUUUUACUUAAAUGUAUGUUAUAAUUUUAAAUAUUAUCAUUUGUAUUACUUUUGUACAGUUGUUUUUUUUUAAAUUGUGAUCUUCAUAUGUGCACAUAUCUGAUACUGGUCCCAUAUGAAUGUUACAAAUAUGUUCAGAAAUAAAAGUUGUUAAAUCAGAAACUUUGGGGUAUAUUUCUGUUGUUCUGACAUCCAACUUUUUAAAUCUUGAAUAUCAGACCUCAAGUAUUCAUAGUUUUUGUCUGACAAAGAGUUGAAAAUGCAACUUCACGUUUUCAUGUGUUCAUAACAAGUGUCUUUCAGUUUGUGAUAAAGAAUAAACAAUAUAAUUAUUA